CACGCCCCCUGCACGCGCCCCCUCCCCUCCCGGUAAUCCUCCGUCCUCUGCAGGCAUCAUGGCGGAAAUUAAAACUGGGAUCUUUGCGAAGAACGUGCAGAAACGGCUGAACCGCGCACAGGAGAAGGUUCUUCAGAAACUUGGAAAAGCUGAUGAGACCAAAGAUGAGCAGUUUGAACAAGUGGUUAUUAACUUCAAGAGACAAGAGUCUGAAGGUGCUCGGCUGCAGAGGGAGAUGAAGGCCUACAUGUCUGCCAUCAAAGGCAUGCAGCAGGCGUCCAUCAACCUGACACAGUCUCUCCAUGAGGUCUACGAACCAGACUGGCACGGCAAGGACGACAUCGUGACCAUUGGGAAGGACUGUGAUGCAUUGUGGGAAGACUUUCAUAACAAAUUGGUCGACUCGACUCUGCUGAACCUCGAUGGAUACCUGCAGCAGUUCCCCGACCUAAAGGUUCGUGUGGCCAAAAGAAGUCGGAAACUCAUCGACUAUGACAGCGCUCGUCAUCAGCUGGAAUCUUUGCAGGCACCUGGGAUGAAGAAUGACAGGAAGAUUAUGAAGGCAGAGGAAGAGCUUAAAAAGGCUCAGAAAGUCUUUGAUGAGCUAAAUGUGGGUCUGCAGGAUGAGCUGCCAACCCUCUGGGAUCGGUGAGUGAGGCAAACACAAACCGACUGAAGCUGUGCAUGGAUC